UUUGUCCUACGUAAGACCGUCGCUCCGCCCCGCUCUCCUGUCGGACCGUAUCCCCACAGCAUCCAUUUUUGUGCAUUCAAGAAAUCUCUUGGAGUUUGCAGCAGCAGCAGGAGGGCUUUUUUUUGUCCGCCGACAAAACCGCAAUAAGGAUCGCGGCAGAGGCAGCAGCAGCCAUGGGUUAAACUGCAUUCACCAUGACUGCGAAAUAAAAGCAGCAUCCGCUCCUGAAGAUGUCAGCUUUGGGGGCCCCUGCGUCUCCCGCUCCGCCGGACCUGAGCCACCUCACCGAGGACGAGAGGAGGAUCAUCCUGUCGGUCAUGGAGCGGCAGAAGAAGGAGGAGGAGAAGGAGCAGUCCAUGCUGAAGAAGCUGCACCAGCAGUUUGAGAUGUACAAGGACCAGGUGAAGAAGAUCGGAGAGGAGGCUCCGAAGAACCCGGAGCAGAAGGGAGACUCGCCCAUCUGUGGGAUCUGCCACAAAACCAAGUUUGCCGAUGGCUGUGGCCGUGUCUGUUCUUAUUGCCAAACCAAGUUCUGCGCGCGCUGUGGAGGACGCGUCUCCCUCCGCUCCAACAGAGUAAUGUGGGUAUGCAACCUGUGCCGAAAACAACAAGAAAUCCUCACCAAGUCGGGAGCGUGGUUCUACAGCGGUCCUGAGGGCUCUAGAUCAGGGCCCCAAGCCAAAGUAAGGGGACGCCCAGUCAGAGCAAACCAGGACCCUAUCAGAAACGGAUCAGGGAUCCCAGGCAGAAACAGAAGCCCAUCAGCAUCUAGGGAUCCUAACGCAGCAUAUAACCAAAGGGAGGGGGAAGGAGGACUGCAGUAUGCCCCGGCUGAAGGAGCCAUGCCCCGCUCUCCGUCCGACUACGGACGUGACCCUGGCCAUUCGCCGAGGAGUUCAAGAAUGUACAAUGAGGUGGACGGUAAUCAAGACAGCCGAGGACGCUGUCACUCGCAAGGCCAACGUUUGGAUGGCCAGCUAGAGGACUAUGAACUCCAAAGACGGUGUGAGGAGGAAUACCAGGCCCGAUACCGCAGUGACCCCAACCUGGCACGCUACCCAGUCAAACCCCAGCCCUACGAGGAGCAGAUGCGCAUCCAUGCCCAGGUGUCACGGGCUCGGCACGAGCGGCGUCAUAGUGACGUCUCGCUCGCCUAUACAGAACUUGAUGAGCCUCUGCAUGGGCCCGGUGGGCGGCAAUCACGCCUCCCUUCGUUGGGAGGCCCAAGUCAACGCUCGUACUCCAUGGACAGGAGUUCACCGGGACAUCGAUUGUCAAAUCAUAGCCCACCAACACCACACCGCAGCCCUGUGUUGGGCGAUAGCCGGCGAGGACUGGCAGAGCCAACAAGGAAACCCAUUUCCCAACAGCACCACUUGGACCCUAGCUCAGCCAUGCGUAGGAACAAACAGGACAAAAUGGAUAGCAUUCUACGAAAUGACUCUCUAAGCUCGGACCAAUCCGAGUCAGUUCGUCCUCCUCCACCUCGACCGUACCGCAGCAAACGCCUAGGCAAGCUCAGAACCAUGGGUAGCUUCAGCAGCUCAGAAGAGGAGCUGGCAACCACGCCAGAGUACACCAGCUGUGAGGAUGUGGAGCUGGAGAGUGAGUCCUUCAGCGAUAAAGGCAACAUUCAAAGGGGAAAAAGAAAAACAAAUGAGCAGGCAUAUUUUUUGGACGCCAGUUAUGCCCCGUCUGAGAGGCAAAAGACAGUGGUGCGAUUUCGGGAGCUCUCCCACGACGAAGAUGUGGAGUGGUGCGAACCGCAGGUCAAAGAUUCAGGGGUUGACACGUGCAGUAGCACCACGCUAAACGAGGAGCAUAGCCAUAAUGACAAGCACCCGGUGACAUGGCAACCAUCCAAAGAUGGAGAGCGCCUAAUAGGGCGGGUAGUGCUAAACAAGCGGAUGAAAGAUGGCACGGUGCCCAGAGACACGGGGGCACUGCUGGGCCUCAAGGUGGUGGGAGGGAAGAUGACAGAGUCUGGCAGACUUUGUGCUUUCAUUACGAAGGUGAAGAGAGGAAGUCUAGCAGACACUGUCGGCCAUCUCAGACCAGGUGAUCAGGUCCUGGAGUGGAACGGGAGGGUCUUACAGGGAGCCACAUUCAAGGAAGUUUACAAUAUCAUUCUAGAGUCCAAGCCAGAGCCGCAGGUGGAGCUGGUGGUCUCGCGGCCCAUCGGAGAUGUCCCUAGAAUACCAGAGAGCACACAUGGACAACUUGAAUCAAGUUCAAGUUCCUUUGAAUCGCAAAAGAUGGGUCCGUCCAUCUCUGUCACGUCCCCCAUGAGUCCUGGCAUGCUCCGGGACAACCCUCAGUAUCUGUCCGGACAGCUCUCAAGUCCGUGCCUUAGUAGAAGAACCACGCCUUUUGUCCCUAGGGUCCAGGUCAAGCUGUGGUACGAUAAAGCAGGACAUCAGCUCAUCCUCACUAUCCUGGGCGCCAAAGACCUGCCUUCACGAGAAGACGGGCGACCCAGGAAUCCAUACGUCAAAAUCUACUUCCUCCCCGACAGAAGCGAUAAAAGCAAGAGGAGAACAAAAACAGUGAAGAAAUCUUUGGAGCCCAAGUGGAACCAGACGUUCAUGUACUCGCCGGUGCACAGACGAGAGUUCAGGGAGCGCAUGCUGGAGAUCACGCUGUGGGACCAGGCCCGAGUCCGAGAGGAGGAGAGCGAGUUCCUGGGAGAGAUUCUGAUCGAGCUGGAGACGGCACUGCUGGACGAUCAGCCUCACUGGUAUAAGCUCCAGACACACGACCUGUCCUCGAUGCCGCUGCCGAACCCCUCGCCCUACAUGCAGAGACGCCUCCUGCACGGAGAGAGCCCCACACGCAGGCUACAGAACAAGGGCCCAUAUUUUUACAACUCAGGGUCACAGAGAAUCAGUGACAGCGAGUUCUCUGAUUACGACUGUGAAGACGGGAUUGGUGUUAUCUCAGAUUACCGGCACAAUGGCAGGGAUUUCCAGAGCUCCACUCUCUCUGUCCCGGAGCAGGUGAUGUCGUCCAAUCACUGUUCCCAAUCAGACAUGUCCCGCACACGCUCGCGCUCACCCAGCGUGCCUCCACCGCAAAGUCGAAGUUUAGACCACGGUGUGAGAGGAGGACCCUCGCUUUACGGCCCCCGACAUCGCCUGUCUGAAGACAGAUUCUCACCAGACAGCCAGUAUCUUACCCUCCCUCCUCAAACCAGACACAGACAGCCAAGCGUUGACCCUGCUAUCCAGGACCCCAGUAUGUACCCCCUCUAUCGGGAGGAUGCGGUCAGGUUACUGCGCUCCACUAGGAUGGCCCGUGCAUACUCAGACGGGGCUUACAAUAGCAUGGACAGGAGGAUGAGGAGAGAUAGACAAAUGUCUGCCUACAGUGACUCAUAUGAAUCUCCUGAGAGAUAUUACAAUGGGCCCAAUCAUAUAUCUACUCCAUGGCCCAAUCAUGUCAUGAAUGGAAACGGUGGAGACUACAGGUAUAGCCGCAGCAUGGUGGACAGACAUGAGCAUUACAGGUCCAGAUCAGCUGACCAGCGGCCCAUGAUGGAGCGACCGGUCUACACCCGCUCCCACUCGUCCGAGCGGCCCGACUCCGGCUACAUGAGAUCAAUGCCAUCCUUACCUUCUGGGAGAUCUGCCCCUCCCUCUCCUGCCUUAACGAGGGCAAACAUCCGCACCGGAUCGGUCCAAACAAGUCCCACCAGCACGCCAGUCUCGAGUCGAAGAGGGCGGCAGCUACCACAAGUCCCUCUGAAGGGCUCUGUGGACAGAAAAGAUGGCGAGGGCAUUACCGAGCCUUAUGAAGGCACUUUGAAGGAUCCAUCAAGGCGUGGGAUGGACAGUCUCUCCAUGAGGUCGUCUGACAGUGAUGUAAGCGACGUGUCCGCUAUGUCGAGUGCAUCUCGGCUCAGCAGCACGAGCUACAUGUCUGUCCAGUCAGAAAGAGUGCGAGCGAGCCGCAGGAUCAGUGAGUUUACAUCUAAAAUGAAACACAGGGCUCAGACGGCCACCCCGGGCUCCAACAUCACCAAGAGCUCCAGUGUGGGUGGAGACAUGUGCUCGCUGGGCAGGAACGACGACGAGGACGACGACAAGAAGAGGCGCUCCAGCUUUGGAGCCAAGAUGGCCGCCAUGGUGGGACUGGGGAAGAAGAGUCAGAGCACCUCCCAGCUGGACCCAGAGCAGGAGGGUAAGAAGAAGAAGCCGGUGCGUCUGGCGAUCCAGCGGAGUGUAGAGACUGGUUUAGCAGUCGAGAUGAAGAGCAGGAUGACGCGGCAGCCCAGCCGAGAGACCACUGAAGAGGGUGAAAAGGCAAAACCUGGAAAUCUAAUCUUCCCUGGAGUGAAGAUCUCAUCAGAUAGCCAGUUCACUGAGUUUUUGGAUGGUCUUGGCCCCGCCCAGCUUGCAGGGAGACAGACACUGGCCACACCCCCAAUGGGUGACAUCCAGAUCGGUAUGGUGCACAGGAAGGAGAGGCUGGAUGUUGAAGUUAUUCGAGCUCGAGGCCUGGUGGGCAAACCAGGGAACAAACAGACGCCAGCACCUUAUGUAAAAGUAUAUCUGCUGGACAACGGGAAGUGCAUCAACAAAAAGAAAACUCGGACGGCGAGAAAAACACUGGAUCCUCUUUAUCAACAGCAGCUUCAGUUUGAGGAGAAUCCUGAGGGGAAGGUUUUACAGAUCAUUGUUUGGGGGGACUAUGGACGCAUGGACCACAAAUCCUUCAUGGGAGCCGCCCAGAUCCUGUUAGACGAUUUAGAGCUGACCAACAUGGUGAUUGGCUGGUACAAGCUCUUUCCUCCCACCUCAUUAGUGGACCCAACCUUGGCACCUUUAAGUAGUAAACCUCCAGGUUCAGGCCUGGACAGUUCCAGCGUUCGGUCGUAGCGGCACGAGGAGAUGAGUAGAGAGCGGCGUGAGUAGCUCCAGCUACAGACAGAGAGGAGACGGUCUGGACGGGACACGUCCUGGUUACACUGCAUGCUUGAUGUUGUGUCCUCUGAGCCCAUGCGAUAAGAGGCUAAGAAAAGGCCUGCGUCCUGCUGCCAAAAAAAAAGAUAAAUGAAAAGAAAAUGUAUGCUGCUGUCGCACGAAGGGAAAGAACGCCACAGAAAAAGUCUCUCCGUUCAGCUGAAGAGAUGCAGCCAGGGAUUCGGCGGAGUCUGACUCUUAACCGUAGGACGUUAAGAGUGCUGAUUUCCACCGGAAAAGGAAGACGCCGAUGUACUCUGGCUGCUUCCUCUCUGUUGUAUUCAAAGAGAUGUCAGUGUUUCUUACCUACAGUAGCGUUGUAGCCAUUACUGUAAGCCAAGCUGUCAAAAGAAGAUCCAUAAAGAGAGAAGCGCUUGGCUAAGAUAAGACAGGAAAGGGAAAGGGUAACCUCAGAGACUUGACGUUCUCAUGGGAAUGACCCUACAUCAAGCCAGAUCUCCACUGGAUUGAUCUUCAGAGUUCGGCGAUGAGAAAUGGAUAAGUUCCUGUUUGAUUGGGGGAGGUAGAAAAAGGAAAUUAAUUAAAUAAAUAAUAGACUUUUUUUUUUGUGCUCCGGUAUGAUGAUCUCUUUGUUGAUGUACUGUAUGAAAUUUAAGAGAUUAUUAUUAUUAUAAUUUUUUUGCAUGGAUGCAGAGUUGUUAAAAAAAAAAAUCAGAAGUUUAUUUUCCUCAAGACUUGCAAAAAAAAAAAAAAAAGAGAGAGAGGAAGAAACUUAUUUAAGGAUGACCAGAUUAGCCAUUUUCAACAAUUUGUAUUAUUUUUAAUAUGAAAUUCUCUAGUGCAUGAUUUUCAAAGAGACUGAAUGCAAAAUGAUAACGAUGUGAUUGUCGUCCUUUAGAACAUUCUUCUGUAUUUUUACAGAUCUCGGUUACAGGUGUGGCCUGAUGAGACUUUGUAUCUCAUAUUGUUAACAGAAAAAAAAGCAAUGGAUUGUCGAGGAAAACAAUAAAUGUACAAUAUUGAUUUCGAUAUAAAAACGAACAGGAAUAUUGUACAUUCCUCCCUUGAAAUGCAGCCAUAAUUCUGUGUUCAUGUGGAGACGGAGCUGUAGAUUAUGGGUCUGUCAUGAUUCCACUGUUCUGUUACAAGAGAAUGGCUCGUUUAUUCAAAGCAAGCAUGUUGAAAAGGAUCUGCAACAUGGAUCGAGCACACCGUCUGAGUAAUACAGCAUGUUUUGAUACAGACAUCUGGGAAUUUUUCGCAGUUUUGUGUACAGUGCAUGUGGACCAGAGGCUGGGCCGUCCCCUGAUCUAGUGUCGUCCACAGAUUCAGGUCGGGGUCGAGGUUUUGUGGCCGACGGUUCAGACAUUCAACGCAACAUUCCACCUCUUGGCACUCAUCUUUUCUUGACGUUUUGAAAAGAAUAAAAAAGAAAAAGAAAAUCAAACAUCUAAAAAAACAAGAGGGAAAAAAGUUAAGAACAUUUCUAUUUAUUCAAGUUUGACUUGAAACAAGGUUGCAAGUAUAUUUUAUUUUAUUAUUGUUCUAAAGAAAAUGUCCUAAAAACGGAUCCCAUUGGAUGGUGCUGGACGAAGUCUCUGAACUCGGAGAGGACUGGACAAGGUUCAUUCUCGUUGUGCUGUUCAAUGCAAGGACACUGCUUGUCGAAUGAGGAGCAAGUCACAGUUUGUGGAGAUGGGUAAAAAUUGCCACACAAUAUGAAUUUUUAAUUGUUUCUUGUUUUGAGAGAAUAAAAUUCAUUUACUAA